UAUAUAAAUGAUUAACGUAGUUUAGUUAGUGAUUCCCUAUACAUAUAUUUCCGGUUAAAGUUCCCUGUCUUUUUAGCAAAAUGGCUCCUAAAUCGAAGCCCACGGAUAAGUCAGCUAGCAAACCAGCUGAGAAAAAAACAGAAAAAAAAAUUGAGAAAAAACCAACUACUACAGCUUCAACAUCAAAAGUUACAAAGCCAACUGUAAAAACAUCUACUACUACAAAAAAAGCAACAACUGCUAAAUCUGCAAGUUCAACAAAAUCUACAACAAAAUCAACAGCAAAACCUGCACCUAAAGUUGUUGCGAAACCAGUAGUUGCAAAACCUAAGAAAAAUGUUCAACCUGCAAAGAAAACACCUAAAGGUGGAAAACCAGCUGUACCACUUCAAAAAGCACUUAAAGCUCAAAAAAAGAUAUUGAAAGGAGUUCAUGGAUCAAGAGUAAGAAAAAUAAGAACAUCUGUGCACUUCUACCGGCCAAAAACAUUUAGACCACCAAGAAAUCCAAAAUAUGCUAGAAAAUCAGUUCCAAAUAGAAAUCGUAUGGAUGCAUUUAAUAUUAUUAAAUUCCCUUUGACCACUGAAGCUGCUAUGAAAAAGAUUGAAGAUAACAAUACAUUAGUUUUUAUUGUACAUACUCGUGCUAAUAAAUAUCACAUCAAAGCUUCUAUUAAAAAAUUGUAUGAUGUUGAUGUAGCUAAAGUUAAUACUUUAAUUAGGCCAGAUGGUAAAAAGAAAGCAUAUGUACGCUUAACUCGUGAUUAUGAUGCACUUGAUGUUGCUAAUAAAAUUGGUAUAAUAUAAGCAUAUUUAUAUGUAAUUGAUACGGAAAUGUAUCUAUAUCCAUAUUAAUAAAACAUAUUGAACAAAAAA